CUUCUCCCUCGGCGGGAUCCCUACCGUGCGCCCGAUCCUGGCGCGACGGAGGGCGCUCAGUGGUGUGAGAGGACCGGGUCCGACGCGGCGUGGCGCGGAGAACCAGGGGAACCCGAAUUCCCCGAAUGCUGUCCAGUUCUCUGAGGGGAGAUCCCGGGAAUGUCACGAUCCCCUGGUCCCUACGGGACUCCGAGCUUAAAGACUCAUUCUAACUCGCUCGGUCUCCCGGAGACGGAGCCCGGCGGAGAGGGUAGUGCUCCCGGGAUGGGGUCCUCCCUGCAGAGUUAACAGGAGCUGCUGUCUGCUCCAGGGACACGGCCGCAGUGUGUUUUAAGUCCCUGAAAGCGGCUAUGUGACUAUGUUUGUGAUCUGCUCUUGGAAGAGUCGAAUGUUCAGCCUGUAUCAACGCCAGUAACAGUGUGCGGGGACAUACAUGGACAGUUUUAUGAUCUUUGCGAACUGUUCAGAACUGGAGGUCAGGUUCCUGACACAAACUACAUAUUUAUGGGUGAUUUUGUAGACAGAGGUUACUAUAGUUUGGAGACCUUCACUUAUCUUCUUGCACUAAAGGCUAAGUGGCCUGACCGUAUUACACUUUUAAGAGGAAAUCAUGAGAGUAGACAGAUAACGCAGGUGUACGGAUUUUAUGAUGAGUGCCAAACCAAAUAUGGAAAUGCUAAUGCCUGGAGAUACUGUACCAAAGUUUUUGACAUGCUCACAGUAGCAGCUUUAAUAGAUGAGCAGAUUUUGUGUGUUCAUGGUGGUUUAUCUCCUGAUAUCAAAACACUGGAUCAAAUUCGAACUAUUGAGCGAAAUCAGGAAAUUCCUCACAAAGGAGCAUUUUGUGACCUGGUAUGGUCAGAUCCUGAAGAUGUGGACACUUGGGCAAUCAGUCCCAGAGGAGCAGGUUGGCUUUUUGGAGCAAAAGUCACAAAUGAGUUUGUUCAUAUCAACAACUUAAAACUCAUCUGCAGAGCACAUCAGCUUGUGCACGAAGGCUAUAAGUUUAUGUUUGACGAGAAGCUGGUCACAGUGUGGUCUGCUCCUAACUACUGCUAUCGCUGUGGAAACAUUGCUUCCAUCAUGGUCUUCAAAGACGUCAACACGAGAGAACCAAAGUUAUUCCGAGCAGUUCCAGAUUCAGAACGUGUUAUUCCUCCCAGAACCACGACGCCGUAUUUCCUUUGAGGCCUUUGCCAUCCCGCUGGCCACUUUUUGCCCUCUUUUACCCCAACUUUCUUGUACCCUCUACAAUAUACUUUUUAUUGAGCACUUUGCUGCUGAAAUGCUGCCUCUUGCCUUUUUUUUUAAUUUUAAAUUAUCUAACUUUAUUGUUUGUUAUGGUGUCAAUAGCAGUGUUUUUCUAUCAGUUUUGUCACUCAUCCUAUCCCCACAUGGACUCGUUUGAGAAGACUUGAGAAAUGUCUUAAUACUCACAUUGCUGCAUGUAGCUCUUGCUUGUUUGCUGUUCUGGGGAGACAGGAAGCAUCUCUUUUUUAAAAAGCCAAUUGACAAUUACAUGGAAAUCCUCCUCAUUUGUAUCAGCUAGCCUUUUGUUUUUGUUUGGUAGGAUUUAAGAAAUUUCAGCAGCAAAGUUGUCCAGUGGGCAGGAUGGACUGCAUAUGCCUGAGUCAUGUACCCUUGUCCAAGCUGUAAACUCCACUGUCCUUUGUUGGAUGAUAAUUUGAUGUUUUAAAAGGGUAUAAAAUAAAUUGGUCUAAAGGGCUGCCCUCCUUGUUGUGUUUUUAAAUUUUAGUUAAAAACUGCUACAGCUAUGACUUUGUACAUUAAGAUAAUUGUACUGAUCUUUUUUCAAAAAUCUUGUAUUUUUUAAUAAAAUAAUCUUAAAACCCAGAUAGGUUAAGUGUUAGAAAUUUUAAAAAAUUUACAUUGUUAGCUGAAAGUUACUUUUUCUUUCUUAUGUUUUCUUAUUUUUUUUUUCUUUUUCUUUGUUGAGUUUUUGACCCUUUGGUUGAGUUAAAAAUUUCAAUUAAAAUUCAAUAUUUUUUUAAAAAAAAUCACUAAAUUGUGCCUAAAGAACAUAACUGCCAUAUUAAUGUUUUUAUUUCUAUAGUAUUAGAAAACAUUUAAUACUUAUAGCAUUAAUGUGUUGAUUUGAUACCAAUUGAGUAGAAUGUGCUCAGUCCAGUUUACACUCUGUCAUGAGUAUCAUCAAGUAAACACAUGUACUUUUCAAUAGCAAGCAUUCUCUCGCUGUAACCUUUGACCUUAACUUUUACAAAGUAUUCAGUUUUUAACUGCAAUUUUAAAGGCUGAACAAUCAGAACCCUUGUGUUUGUGAACUGUAAUCUGAAGCAGAUUAAAGUAUGAGAAAAAACAGACUGUUCCCUUGUGAAGGUCUGUCAUACCAUAUUUCAGCUUUGUGCUUAUAAUUUGACUAUCUAAAGGGUUGUGAUGAUCAGUUCUUGAUAUAUAAUUGUCCACUUAAUAAGGACAUGUAUAUUAUCAUUAUCUCUUAUGACUGUAGUCAUAGAUAAUUUGGGGAUGUACCAUCUUAUGAAAUUGUUGGUAUCCCUUUAUAAUUUCUCGUCAUCCCAGGAAAUCCAUGUGAAGGCUGAUUGAUAAAGCACUUUAGCAUCUGUUCAGGUAGUUUUAAAAACAACUUUUCCCCUUCAGGAUAAGAGCUUCCGGGUUAUCUAAAAAUGCAAUAAAGAUCUUAAUAGUCUAAGCUUCUUGGCAAAUAAUCUUUCAUCAGGGUUUCUUUUACUGAAUGAGCACAAUGUUAUUUUGAUUUUAUUUGUCCCAAAGCACCCAGCUCCUUGUACAGUUUUUAAUGGUGUGGCUCUAUGAAAGAAGCGGCUGAGACAUUUGAUGCACACACUUGAACCAAUAGUGGAUCAGUAGCUUUGUGUGUGUCUCCUAACCCCGGUGUAAUUCGGGUGGAAAGGUAUUUUAUCUCACAGGAAUAUGUAGCUAUGUAUUUUACUAAUUGUGAAACACUGGAAUUAAUGAUGCAGAUAACUUGGUGUGGUUUUUGAACAGCUCUGCAGUAUUUUCUUGUUGUUACCAUAAAUUGUAUUUAAGUGCUUGCCCUCCACUGCUUUUAAGUUGUACCAGUAAAACCAGUAACUCUCAAUCAAUCCCCUUUCCACUUCGCACUCCCUAGCUUAGUUGGUACAGUUGUUUUCAUUCUCCUUGUAAUGUGACUUAUUUUCAAGUCAUGGUGCACUGCAUUUGUUUGUCACUAGCUGGGCAUGUGCCAAUAAUACUCUGUCCAUUCCUUAACUGCCAUCUCUGUUUUGCCUGAGUUUUCUUCUACUGAUAAUGGCUUUGGGGCAUGGAAAAAGUAGUUUUUGCUAUUAGACUUGUGAAGGAAAGAGAGAGUGAAUGUAUCGGACUUUGUAAGCCUGAAAACGAAUAUUUGGAUCCCUCUACUAAACAAGGGCUAUGUACUAUACAGAGUAAUCUUGUGGUGGGAGAUGCUUGCAAGCCAGAGGUCUGUAGGCGAGGGAAUCUGCCUCUCCCUGUAUCUAGGCCGAAUGUAAAACCCCUUAUGUUGUAUCAAUGGAGCUAAGAACUAUUUUUAUUUGCCUGUGAUAUAUUUCGUUUCUAAUAAAGUGUUCUAGGCUCCAGUGA